UAACAGCUGGCUCUCGGUGUGACACAGAGACAGAGAGAGAGGGAGGGACUGUGCUGCCUGUGGGUCACCUCUGGGGCAUGAUGUUGACAGCUCAGGAGGUGGCCCCCCUCUACCAGACGGACUUUGUGAGGAACGCCCGUGCCGUCACAGCUCUCUGGGCUGUCUGCACAUUGUGCCUGGCCUUGCUGGAGGUAGUGGUGCUGACUGAGCCAGCCUGGGUGCAGGCCCCAGCCUCAGGCCCAGGCCCCACUGGCACCUUCGGCCUGUUCCAGCUGUGCCAGCAGACGGACGGGCCUCCCCGGUGUCAGGGCUCCCUGGCUGCCCUCUCCCCGGUGCCCUCCUUCCAGACUCCAGCCGGCUUCGUUGGGGCUGCCCUGGGCCUGGUCCUGGCCAGCGUCUGCUGCAGCCUGGGGCUUUAUCGCUGCUGCAGCCCCUCCACAGUCUACAAGGUGUGCGCCUGGCUCCAGUUCUCUGCCGCCAGUUCCCAGACCCUGGGAUGCGUGACGUUCCCAGACAGCUGGGGAAUGCCGGAGGUGCGGGAGCUGUGCGGCCCACAGGCUGGGAGCUAUGCCCUGGGGGGCUGCACCAUCCACUGGGCCUUCGGCCUGGCCAUCCUGGGAGUCCUGGAUGCCCUUGUCCUUUCUGUUCUCGCCUUCAUGUUAGCCAACCGUCAGGAGACUCUGCUACCGGAGAACGUGGAGAGGGGCCAAAAGGUGAGACAGUACACACGGUGCACUGACUGUAACCCCGACCCUCGCAGAAUCAGGCGGACGGCAGAGGCAAUAAGAAACAGGCAAAGACCAGGAAAGAUGUGCCGUGGCUGGGAAGAGCUUUUGUUGGAUUCUUCAAAACAGAAACUGAAAUAAAAUAUCUUAAAAGAUA